AUAGUAUAGUAUCAACUAUCAAUUGAAAUUUUGUAUGAAUUAAGAAUCAAGAUUUCACAAAUUACUAAAUUAAGUACAUAAUAUUAUGUGAAAUCAGUUUUGCAGUUGUGAGCAAUUUUCAUUUUAAACUGUCCCUUGUAGUUUUUCCAAGGCCGACUAGAGUUUAGGUUACUGUACUGUAAAUACGAGUAAAACCUUCGAACGGUCAAACAUUUUCCUCAUAAACGUAAAGGUUUUUUAAAUAUUUAGCAUUGAGUAUCGCAGAAGCUGUUUGAAUUCAUUUGUGUAAUCUAAAACAGACCUGUAAGAAUAAUUAUUGACCUUGUGUAUAGUUAAUUCGAAGUGUCUUAAUCGUUAGUCCGUAUGCUAGGAAGUCGUCAGUCUUAAUCACCAGGAAUAUUUAAUAAUCUGGAAGAAAUCAUGUCUUCACCAAUAACCGUAAAGUUCAAUUUGCUUGGAAGCACGGUCCGAGAUGAAAAUGCUAUCAAAAAUGUUUGGAAUAAUAACCUAUAUGAAGAAUUUCAUAUAAUACGACAGGUUGUUCAAAAAUUUCAUUGGGUAGCAAUGGAUACUGAAUUCCCAGGUGUUGUCGCAAGGCCUAUUGGAGAAUUUAGAUCAACGGCAGACUAUCAGUAUCAACUUCUAAGAUGCAAUGUGGAUUUGUUGAGAAUAAUUCAAUUAGGCCUUACAUUUAUGGAUGAAAAUGGUAGAACUCCUCCAGGAUGCUCCACAUGGCAGUUUAAUUUUAAAUUUAAUUUACAGGAGGAUAUGUAUGCACAAGAUUCUAUUGAUCUGCUACAAAAUUCUGGUCUUCAAUUCCGGGAGCAUGAGGAGCAUGGUAUAGAACCACUUGAGUUUGCCGAAUUAUUAAUGUCAUCUGGUAUUGUUCUUAUGGACAACAUAAAUUGGCUCAGUUUUCAUUCUGGCUAUGAUUUUGGAUAUUUGUUAAAACUUCUGACAGACCGCAAUUUACCUCAAGAAGAGAAUGACUUUUUUGAAAGUUUAAGGUUAUACUUCCCUACUGUUUAUGAUGUUAAGUAUCUAAUGAAGUUGUGUAAAAACCUUAAGGGUGGUUUACAAGAGGUGGCAGACCAACUGGAGUUAAGGAGGGUUGGUCCACAACAUCAGGCUGGGUCGGACUCACAUUUAACUGGAAUGGCUUUCUUUAAAAUAAAAGAGAUAUUUUUCGAUGGCAACAUUGAAAGCACUAGUGGUCAUCUCUAUGGAUUAGGAGCUCCAUUCUCACCUAAUGCUAAUUUCCAAGAGGCUGUUGAAAAUGGAAGCUCUUGACUCUCUGACUCGGCUGAUUCAGAUGAAAAAUCACUGAAUGAUUUGUUGGAAAAACGUGAAGUUUUCAAGAAACACGGGUGCUGUGAUUGUUGUGCUCCCGAGGACAGUGUCAGUCGUUAACUUGAAUAUUACCAAUUGGGUUUCCACGACUGCCAUGCUGCAAGUAAAAUAUUGACUAUAUUUAUUAUAGACAAAGACCCAAUUAUGAAAGUAGUGAGUGAACUGGUUAUUGUGGGUAACUGAAUAAGAAUUGAGAAUUGACGUGUCUAUGUAAUAUAGUAUUUAAGACUUGAUUUUAUGUAAUGUAAAUUUUAUCAUUCCAAGUUUUCAAUUGAAAGAACAAAAUUAUAUGUAAAUUAUAUGAAUAAUUUAAAAAUAUGGAUGUUUUUAUAAUUUGUCAUAAUGAUGAAAUGAGAGAUUAAUUAGUAUUAAAUAUUGUGUAGGAUGGAAUAUUUACGGUUUAAUGCUAGUCUAGUCUAGAAUAAUAUUUUAGAAUAUAUUGGAAUAAUCACAGCUGUAAGGAUUAAAGUUUGUUUCACUUGGCUGACUACAUUUAUAAUGUAUAUUAUAAUACUUUCUUAUACUAUCUUAAAUAUGAAAUUCAACAGGCUCAUAUAUUAUGUAGUUAUAGAUAAUAAGUGGAUACAGUAUGUAUUGACUAUAUCUAUGAGACAUUGUAUGUUAUUAUAUCAAUACAUAUUAUGCUUAAAGUAAAAACAA